UAAUUAUUAAUUUAUAAAUUCUUUAAACAAUGAUCAAUGAUUUAACUAUUUUAUUUAUACAAAUGUAAUCAUAACUCUAAUAUCUAUUCAAUAUUUUAUUUUAUUUUAAGAGGAGUUUGAAGUUUUUUCAGUACUUAAUUAUAUAUAAUUGCCUUUGAGAAUAAAAUGGCCACAUCAGGAAAUAUUGAUGACACUUGGGUAGAAGAAAUAUUUGCUAAAUCUGAAUCUGUAAUUUUUCAUAAGAUGCAGGAUAUUAUUAAAAAAAAAAAGUAUGUAUUAGAGUUAAAAUCAAAAAUUCAUGAUUCUGAAGAACAAAAAAACAAGUUACAAGAAUAUGUAAAAACGUUAAAAGAUAUGAUCCAUAAUUUCAGCCAUUGCUCAUCAUUGAUCCCAAAUUUGAACAAUGCCAUUACUGAAGUGGAAAAAUCAAUAUUAAACAUUAAAAAGGAUAUUGCUGUUUUGGAAUCAGAGAAAAAAUUGGAAAUAAAACCAAAUGAAGCAUAUACAAAAUUAGUAUUGAAUAUGAAAAAAAUAUUAUCAGAACUAUAUAGUAAAAAUUUUGAUUUGUUGAUACAAAAAGAAAAUAGAUUACUUGAAUUGAAAAAUCAAACAAAAGAAUUUAACGCUUCACAUAUUAUAUCUAAGGAAAAACAGGAACUAGAUCGUUAUAUAAAAGAAUAUGAUUUGCUGAAAGCCAAAAACAUUCAUCUCAAAGAAAUGAUAUCUUUAAACAUGGUACAAAAAAUAUAGUUUGCAUCAUUUCAAAUAACAAAAGUAUACAUAUUCAAAAAAAAACAUCAUUUAAAAAAUAGUUCAGAAGUUAAUAUAUCGAUAAAUUUACAAUCAUUUUUAAUAUUUAUAGUUUUAUUACCAAUAUAUAUGUGUAAAUC